AUGAUAUAUUUUCCAGCGGCGGAUAGGAAUAAAGAUCCUAUAUUGGAAGUUCUUCAAAAAUAUUUUCCGGUGCCAAAAGUGGGCGCUGUGGAAAUUUCUUCAGGAACAGGACAGCAUGUGAGUCAUUUUGCCAAAAGUCUUCCACAUAUUAUAUGGCAACCUUCAGAAAUUGAUGCCCAAAGCAUCGAAAGUAUAAAAGCCUUCAUUGAACAUUUUAACCUUAAAAAUGUCUGUCAACCAAUUCGUGGAGACGUUCUUCAACCAGUGGAAUCCUGGAUUCCUCGUGCCUUCAAACCAUGUGACUUUAUUCUAUGUGUUAAUUUGAUACAUAUAUCACCAUGGCAAUGUACAUUAGGACUAAUGAAAAUUGCAGGAAAACUGUUAAAACCUAAUGGACACUUGUUUUUAUAUGGGCCAUUUGCAAUGCAUGGAGUGAUUGCACCAGAGAGCAACGUACAGUUUCAUCAAACUUUACGAUCACGUACGUCUGCUUGGGGUCUACGCGACAUCGAUGAUGUGGAAAAAGUAGCCAAUGAAAAUGGAAUGAAAAUUUUAGAAAUUAUAGACAUGCCUGCGAAUAAUAAAACAGUGGUGUUCCAAAAAGAGUGA